GUUUUUUUAAUGAGUACACCUGAAUGAUCACAUUUAUGAAUUAUUUGACAUGUUGACACUUAUAAUUCUCUCUGCCGUCUGUUUGGAUAGCACUUUUGGAGACGGCUCGUCUAUAAAAAAGGAAUUUUCUGUCCAACCAGGUGGUAAAAAGUACUCAUCGACAAUUGAAAGGGAUGGAAUAAAAUGUACUUUCACUUAUGAAUGUCAAGGUGGAACGAACGAGAAAUGGCAUAUGAUUCUUUCGAAGAUUCGAGAUGAUAACGGCUACGGUUGUGUUGUGGAACGUUCUGGUAGCCAAACAAGUUACAUAUUCUUUCAAAGCUUCAAGUUAGAUGUAACGCCGCCUGUUGAAGCUUUGACUGCUUCUGCAUUUGGUAACGGUAAUCAACCACUGGCAGCUGAGGAAUACUAUUUUAACAAAAAUGAAUGUUUUGUAUCACACGUCGGUGGAAAAUUUAGGGCUGCAUUAACUCGUCUUUCCCUGGAGUUUGUUUCCACACUUAUGAAGCCAGAACUCUAGCGUGAUUCGUUUACGGUAUAUAUAUUUCUACUAUUUUUUGUGCCUUUUUGGACUUAUAACUGUCUAUAUUACCACGGUCUUAUUCCAGACUAUGUAAAAAAUUUUAUUUGUGAUUUUAUAGUGUGAAUUUAUCAUAACAAUAAAAGGUUUUUUGUUUCGAAAUACUCUCAAAGUUCUCAUAAGGGAAUCCAAAAUUAUUGAUACAUAGAAAUCUCUCAUAGUAAGCUUUAUCCAGGCAUAUUCUUAGAAACGGACUGACAAAAGAUUGAAUUUAAUCAAGAUCCUAACCAGUUUGUGAAAGCCAAUACUAUUUGAAUGUGACUGAAACGAACUGAUUUCACUUGACCGUUCAGAAUGCACAAAAUAAAUAUUGGUUUAUUUUAGGGUCAAAUAUAAGUGACAUAGUUACUCAGAGAUUAUGUUGAGUGGUCGAGUAUUUUACAUUGAAGACUUUAGUAAAGAUAGCCUCAGUGGAUCAAGGUGAAUUUAUCAAUCUGGAAAUACGGUGGUAGUUUGUUUUAUUUCUAAGUAGGGUAUUAAAUGACGACUAAACCAAUUCAGCUUAAUGUGCUGCUGUUUAAGAUUAUUUUUAUUAUGAAUAGCUAGUUUGGUUUGGCUCGAGAAUAUUAACACUUACCAGCCAAAAUGACUUGGAAAUGCGUUACUGACGCGUAACCACUGUGUAACGUUAUGUGCAAUAACGGUUGAUGCAGAGAUAUGUCGGAAAAAAAGCUGUGGGUGGACAAUUUUAAAUAUGAUAACAGUCUAUGAGGCCAUUAACUGUUUGUCAGUUCCGAUUGCGGAUGCUUUCUAUCUCGUGCAUCAUGUUGAUAUCUCAUUAUGGUAUGGUGAGAUUGGGUUCCUUAGAUCUGCAGUAUCUCGUGCCUAAUCCCAUAGGGAUAAAGCUAACCUGAUAAAUUAUUAAUAAAAUCAGUUCUACUUCAGUCAUUCGUUCGCGAUUUCGAAUUUCGUUUCACUUCAUUUAGGUCACACAAAAUAGCCAUGUAACAUUGACCCGUUUAACGAAGGCUCUGACGAAAUACAUGAACGUAGGCAUAUUUGAGAUGUACUUCUCUCUAAAUGCAGGGUGAUUCUUCAUGACUGAUCUGGGCUUAAAUCCGUGAUGCGGAUGAAGUAGUUCAACCCCGUGUGGCGUGAGGCCGGACUGACCACUAUCUCCAUUUUUGUUCAACUUCAUCAUAUACCUACUGAUGGAAAUAACAUUCUCGUCGACUGAAUUUUCAGUAAUUGAUCUCUUUCCACGAGGUCCACUUGUCGACUCAGAAUACGCGGAUGGCAUAGUGCUGUUUGGUGAAAACGCUGAUAAAAUGCAGAGUCUUUCGGUAGCACUGAGUAACAAUGCCAGGAUGUUUGGGAUGUGUUUCUCCCCUUCUAAAUGCAAGUUGUUGCUUCAGGACCGGCCUGUGUCAACACCUGGACUAUAGAUAGGAAGUGAAGUAGUCAAACGUGUCGACAACUUCACUUAUCUUGGAAGUUUUUUCAACCCUAAUAGGUUGGUGUCUGACGAAAUCUCAGCACGGAUCCGAAAAGCUCGUUUGGCUUUUGCCGACGUACGUCACCUAUGGCGAAGGUGAGAUAUCCGUCUGUCAAUUAAGAGACAAGUAUACUGCGCAGCAGUUCGUUCUGUCCUACUUUACGGCUGUAAAACGUGGCCAUGGAGAGUAGAAGAUACUCGUAAGCUACUAGCAUUUGAUCACAGAUGCCUUAGAAAUAUUGCUUGUAUCUGCUGGGUUCACCGAGUAAGUGAUGGUGAGGUUAGAUGCUGGAUAUUAGAGAAUGAUGGUAAAUCAUUCGAUAAGGUUGUAAAUUUUCAUCGACUGAGAUGGUUGGGUCCCGACCGUUGUUGCUACCUUGACGUGGUGGUCGGGCUUGCCUAUCGCGAUGAAGCAACCGAGCUAUACUGGCUGGAACAACCGUUCCUCAAGGUCCUACCAUGUCAGACAGGUCGGUUGAAGAGCGGUAAGACUAAAAGCAACAAACCCAAGGUCCGAAGGCGAAGUCGUACUGCCGACUGUACAGAGGUGUGACAGCAGUAAGGUGUUUCCUUCAGACAACCAGCAUGACAGCGAUGCUGCCUUCCCACAAGGAGGGGUGGGGUUAGAAAAGGUCGACCCUAAAAAUGCACACCUCGCCUUAUCCCACGGAUAUCCGUCUCCGGCGGUAAGGUCUCAAUAAGUACGGAGCUAACACAAAAAUUACCCAUAACAAGGUCGUGUGUGACCGACCUCAAGCAGUUGUCCCUUGGGCACUGCGGUCACGCUCUCAGGUCACUAAGACCACCUUUAAUCCCAAUUCCUUUUCAGGUACCUCCAGAAGAACCCUUCCACGGUGUGGGCAACCGUGAAGUGAAAACCGCCCUCAUACCUCUAACAGCACUCAAGACCACUGUAUUCAUAAUCAACCUUCCUCUUCAAUUCCUAUUAUUCCUCCUACAUCGACUUUCAACUUUAAAUUUCCUCUCUCGGCUUCCACCUCAAGUGUCACCAUAGCCAACGAUGGUUGGGUCACGUGUCACGUAUGCCUAAACACCGAUUACCACGACUUGUAGUGCUGGAUAAUGUUGGAGACGGUUGGAAGAAAGUUGGGGCGGCCAAACCAAAAACGUGACAUCAGUCCUUGAAGUCACUAUUUUCUAGUCUUAGCCAUGUUGGUAUAUGCAGACUACUAGGUUGUGUUCCGCGUGACUAUCAUAACCAAUGAUUGGAGAUUGUGUGACAUGGCUCAGAAUCGACCACAAUGGUGUAGGUGCUUACACACAUUGUCUUUCAUUAGACUGGGAUAUUAAAAUUGCUUUGUACCUUUCUUUAUACGAACUAAUUCUUUCUUCUUGUAUUAUAUCCUUAUACACAGUCUUUCUUUCAUGUGUUAAUACCACUCAAGUGACUGCUUCUAUGAAUUUGGUGUUCAUCUUGUUGUGCUAAUGAUGUUGGCAACUUUGACCGAUGCAUAUAUGUGCCUGGUCGUACGUUGCAGAUCACUAACAUCGUCCCAGGUGGGUUAGUGACGUCUUGGUGCGUACUCGGCGAUUCGAUUGGCUUUGUUCACUUGAAUCUUCUAGAACGUAGACAGGAAAACUGUUUGAUAAUUAAAGAACGAGUAUAGGGUGCAGCGUUUCUCCCUGUUUUUAAUUAUGGAUUUGAAGUAUGGAAUUUACAAGUAAGAGAUAUUGUUGAAUCACUGGUGUUUGGUCAUUGGCCGUUUCAAAGCAUUCUAGGACCACCGAGUCAGCGAUACUGGGGUUCGACUCCAGGCAUUAUGUAUAUAUGGCAAGUCAUUUGUGAACCUUCAUCAACUGAGGUAAUUAGGACAUGUGUUACGUUUACCAACCAGCGUGCUCAUAUAGUAAGGAUCAGUCUUUUACUUUAUGACUGGAACAUGGUCUAUACAAAUAGAAGACAUGCAUAGGCUGCAAGAUUUUGAUCAUGGCUGUCUUUGGAGCAUUGCUCUAGUUUCGUGGACCGGACGAGUGAGCAGUGCUGAAGUUAGGCAUAGGUGGCAGAUCAACUGAUGAGGUAAUUAAUUUUGAUCGACUGAGAUGGUUUGUAUGCCUAACUAUUGCCUACCACGACGAACAAUAUUUGCUAAUUCAGAAGUAGCAAGGAGGAAAGUUGCAGGCGACCAAACCAAAACGUGGCAUAAGUUCAUGAAUUGAUUAACUGUUGAUCCGUGUCAUGUUAGUAGACGUAGACUACCUGAUCGGGGUUCGCGCAACUAAUAACGAAUAUUUAAGAACUUUGGGUAAUAUGUACGCCUAAUAAUUUCUGAUAUUACUGAUACUCCUGUUUUAUCCCGACGAAAAUAAUGAAUAGUUACUGUUGGAAUCUAUUUAUGGUAUAAUACUAUACAUAUAUUCUUAUUGUGAAAUCGUUAAGUAAUUACAUUGUACAUAUUCAUGUUCCUCUUAUUAUGAGCUUUAUUUUGACCUAUAGACUGUUAUUAUACGAUUUACUAUCCCUAAACUAUGUCCUGUUCAUUGGUUACAGUCACUAUUUUACUUGAUCUUGUAUAAAUGUUAUUUCCUAUUUUAUGAUAUGACGUUGUCCGUCUGGCUUCUAUAUAAACCAGGUAUGUUUGAAAUAAAUAAUGCACAUUGUUAAAGCUGGUUUUUGUUUUCUGGACUCAACUGACAAGGCUAGGAGGAAAAAGGACCCUAGGCUAUUCAUAGCGGUGGAUAUGUCAUUGUUUUGGCACAGUGCUAAGAUUGUAUAAGUCGUAUUCCAAUUGGCGAAUAAGUCACGUGAUAUUUAACUGGCUAAAAAUACAACAACUAUUACUUAUGCUACUUUGGCAUCUCGCUGUGCUGGUGGUUUGACAACGUGCACUAAUGCAUGGAUGUUCCAGGUUUUACGUUACACAUGACUUCGUUCAGUUACGUAGUACUCGUGGCUCCCACAUAAGAAGUAUGGGUCAGAGAUAUGUACUUGGAUUCCGAGAUUAUUCACUGACUUAUUAAUAAAACCAAGUUUGCCUGCUUGGAGUUACUUUGUCCGGGAGUUUCGUUUAGAAGUGGCCACUUAGUUAUACAUAUCUUAACAGUGUCAGUUUGUUCUGUACUCGAACUUAUGGCAUAGAAAAAUGGGUUAGCGAAAAUAUUUUGGCAUUGAGAUUUCCACCAAAAUGAUCACCAUCUACAAAAUCAACCAUGGGGACCAGCAGACGGAUAUUCUUACUGUACACAGAGAACGUUUCACAGAUAUAGACCAAGCUGUUAAGAUCCUUAAAAGUAGAUGUAUCCCAAAAGUUCACUAAAAUAUUAUGCAAAAUCAAAGUGUAAUAACAAAUGAGAACAGACAAGGUGUCAUCUUAGAAGAUAAACUGCAGAAAUCGCUAGGAAUAUUACAUCGGGAAAAGAGAUCUGAGGUUCCAAAUGGCUACCAAACGACGUCUUUGAUAUUGUUAACGAGUGUAGAGAACUAUGGAUAUGAAUGCGACUGAGGAAGAGUUAAGAUAUAUUAAACAGAGACAACCCAUAGAAAACCAGUUCACUAGUGUUAUGAUAUUCAAAAAUCAAUAGGCACGUUGGAAUAGAUCCGAUAACCAAUAGAAAGAAUGACACAGAGUCAUGAUCAGGAAGGAGAACAAUCAAAAUAAAUGUACAGAUAAUGAUAAGUUAACAAUAGGUGACAACCAAUUAAAGUAACUUGUUAGCUAUUAGUAAACAUGUUUUAAUAGUACGUUUCUUUUUCCGUUUUUGUUGAUAUUGUUGACUCAAAGAUAAUUAAAGCCUUACAAUAAAACCAUUUGGCGUAGAGGACCAGGUAAAUCUAUGCAUCGGUCAAAGUUGCCAUACCUCAUUAGUACAGCAAGAUGAACACCGGGUUCAUAGAAGCAGUUAACUCUGGUGGUAAUAUAUGAAAGAAAGAUUGCAUAUAAGGAUAUAGUACAGGAAGAAAUAAUUAGCACGCAGAAAGAUAUGAAGCGAU